AUGUAUAAUCGAUAUCAAUCAAAUCAACCGACGCCAAACACUCAAAGGAACAAUUAUCCCGCGUACGGUCAAACUUUUCAACCACCUCAACCACAGCAGACUCCUGCUGUACUUCAUGCUGGACUACCAACUCAUGGUGCUACCGCCUCACAAUUCAAUGCUUUUACACCUCUAUCAAAUUAUGGUUCCAGAUUUAGUGCUGAUCUACGCGCAGGUUACGGAGCUGCUCACAUAAGUUCUCAUCAAUCACAAAUACAACAGCAAACACAACAGCAGCAUUUAUCAUGGCAGAAUAAAAAUUGGAGUGCUGAUCUUAGUACAUCCGGUGGUACAAAUUCACAGGCUAGUCACGGAGGUAAUAUGAUGACGGGUAAUUUAUACGGAACUGGUGGUGCUAGCGGAAGUAAUGCAAAUUCUAGUUUAUACGGUGGUGAUGAUCAUACUUAUCAAAGUCAUUCUACAAUUGGUGGUCAUACUCCACAACCUUCAAUGGCCGCUUCAUUGUCGGCAUUUCAUACUUCACCCACUCCCGCUUCUCAGCAACCACAUAAUACCGCUCAUAACAAUAGCAUGCUUUCUCUUCCAAAUCCAAAUUCUUCCUCAUCUGUUACAUCUUCUUUAUUGCGUCAACAAAUGUAUCCUACUAUGGAUACUAUGUCUUCAAUCACUGGAAUGGGUGGUUCUCUAGGUGUUAGUGGCUUUCCGAGGCAUGAUGCUAAUUUAAGUCAAUUUACUGUUGUAGAUGAUGCUCAAACUGAUAUUGACGCUGAUGCUCUGAUGGAUAAUCAGAUGGUAACAACCACAUUGGCUUCAAACACCCCUAAUUCUAUUAAUAGUAUCACCAAUUCCGCAACCGUUUCUCCUUCCGUAAACGGUUCGAUCUCCACUCCUAAACGUCAAUCGACUGAUACUAGUAAUCUUUAUGGCACGAGUAGUAUUUCAAGAAAUGCUACUAUAUAUAAUAAUAGCCUUAAUAGUUAUGUGAUGAGUGGUCAACCUGGUCAACAGCAACAAUCUUAUACUGCUCAACAACAGCAACAAUCUCAUACCACUCCACAACAGCAACAAUCUUAUACUGCUCAACAAGCUGCUCAACGUUAUAAUUCUCAAGAUAGUUUUAUUUCUCCUAAUGUUGUCAGUGGUUAUUCAUCUCAACAAACUACCUCUUCUAAUGUUCAGCAACCACAACAAUUUCAACAACAACAUCAACAGCAAAUUCAGCAACAACAGUUACAAAAUCAUCAACAAACUACUCGAAGUCCUUAUCAGAAUUAUAAUACUACUUCUCCCAACAUUGCUGCUCAACAGCAACAAUCAAUACAUAAUAGAUCUUCUAUUAGUCAAAAUCCGACUCCAAUGAAGUCUUCUCCAUUAAUAACGAAACCUGCGAUUCCAAAAUCUACUAUGAUAUCAUCCGGUGUACCAGCUCAACAUGUUCAACAGUUGCAGUCGCAACAACAAUCUCAACAAAUGGCUCGUAAUACUAUCGCUGGUGGUAAUACUCCAUCACAACAACAACAACCAUCAAGUUUUCCUCAGACUAAUGUUGCUGCUCAGGCAAAACCUUCAAAGAAUACUCCGGUUAACACAACUCCUACUCAGUUACCAAAAACGACACCUUCUUUACCACCUCAGGAUGUGAAGAAUCAAGAUAUAUCUUCUAAUAUUUCUCAAUCAAAGGAUCAAAAACCAAAAAGACCUAUGAAUGCUUUCAUUAUAUUUUCUAGUGAACGUCGACCAGAAUUACAAAAGAAUGAUCCCAACAUGCAAACUGCUCAAGUCAGCAAAAUAUUAGGUGAAGAAUGGCAAAAUAUGGAUAGUACUAGAAAAGAUCAUUAUAAUGAAAGGGCUCGACAAUUGAAAGAAGAAUUUAAACAAUCGAAUCCUGAUUUUGUAUAUACACGUCGUGGUACUGCUGCUGCUACAAAAAAGAGAGGUUCAACUUCAUCUGCAACUCCAACUGUUAAAUCACCAGAUACAAUAGCUGUCCCCCCUCAGGCCACUAAUGUCCCAAUACCAAAUGGUUCAGUUAAUGGUGUAACUUCACAUAAUUCUAACAAUGUAUAUACAUCUCCACAUCAACAUACACCUGCACCUUCUUCCACUCCUACUCAACAACAAAGAAGUACUCCAGUUGCUGCAACUCAACAGACUCAGUCAACGACUACACCGCAACCUCAGUUACGGACUCCUCAAACAAUUGGUUCGACUUCUACUACACCUGUUUCAUCUGCUAGAAGAGAUCGUAAACUGAGAAGACCAAUGAAUGCAUUUUUAAUAUUUAAUAAAGAAAUGCGACCAAAGGUUUUAGAAAUGAACCCUAAUAUGAGUGUUGCGGAAAUCUCAAAAACAAUUGGUGAAAAUUGGCGUAAUAUGUCUGAGGAUGAAAGAGAAAGAUACCUUCAGAAAGCUCGUGAUUUGAAGAGUGAAUUCCACGAAUCGCAUCCUGAUUUUGUUUAUACUCGUAGGUCAAAAGCUGAACUUAUUGCUGCUGGUCAUCAUAGUUAUUCUAAAAAACGUAGUUUUCCUCAAAAUGAAAAUUCUGAUACUGAUGAAGAGCCCCGUUCUUCACAUGGAAAUAAUCCUCGUGACGGCUCACCAGCAACCUCCCCACAAAAAGAUCCUCGAGGUCGUAAGAAGAAACGAAGUCGCCAUCCUACUGCACCCAAGCAUCCAAUGUCUGGUUUCUUAUUUUAUGCUUUAGAAAUGAGGCCUCAUGUUGCUGAACAAAAUCCUGGAAGUACGGUUGGUCCAAUUAGUAAAAUUAUCGCUGGUCACUGGAAGAAUCUAACACCUGAACAAAGAGCUCCUUGGGAGAAGAAGGCUUCGGACGAUAAAGCUAGAUAUGCAAGAGAAAUGGAGCAAUACUUACAAUCUCAAAAAGAUGAUGAAUAA